UACCGCCGCGGUAGGUGGUGUGCUUGGUUCUAGUUGUACGAGUACUCGACUCGAUCGACUCGAGACUUGAGUUCAGUACCCGGUUGACAGCCGGUGAGGCGGCGGCGUGACGUGGUGCUCCAAGCGUGUUAUACGCGCACGCCGCCUCUGCGCGAUUUUCUAUAAAUUGUAAAUAAUUUUUGUAUACAAAAUAUAAGACGUGCUAAUGCAGAACAGUAACUAUUCAGUGUGUGAUUACUUAAGCUGUUCUUCAAGUCAAUCUGAUAUUGUGUUGUUUAUUUAUACGGACCACGUUAUGUAGUGUCUUUGAUACGAUUUACUCUACUAGGGAGUAACGAUUACCGUAAUAUUCACAAUCAAAACAUGCAUGUAUUUAUUAAUUGAAUGACGUAUUAAGGGAUUAUACAUGCGUUCAAUGUUGUGUGCUUGAUUAUUUGCUGUAAUUUUAGUGUGCGUAGGUAAAUGACUGCCUUCGAUGGAUAUAAACAAAAAAGUGAUACGGAUGAUUUUCAAUAAAUCCUCCAAAGUGCUCGAAAAUCCAUUUGGAAUUUGAUGAUUAUAAUAUAAUCAACAAUGGCGGACCGUGAACGUCCUGCGAAAACCCCCAUUAGGGUGGGUUUUUAUGACAUCGAGAGGACCAUUGGCAAGGGAAAUUUUGCCGUCGUUAAGUUAGCACGACAUCGAAUAACGAAGACUGAGGUAGCAAUUAAGAUAAUAGAUAAAUCGCAAUUAGACGCCAGCAAUCUUCAAAAGGUCUACAGAGAGGUGGACAUCAUGAAGAGACUGGAUCAUCCUCAUAUUAUUAAGCUUUACCAGGUCAUGGAGACGAAGAACAUGAUCUACAUAGUUUCAGAAUACGCAAGCAAAGGAGAAAUAUUUGAUUAUAUCGCGAGAUAUGGCCGCAUGGCUGAGCAAGCAGCACGCCGCAAGUUCUGGCAGAUCCUUUCCGCCGUGGAGUACUGUCACGAAAGGCGCAUCGUUCACAGAGAUCUCAAGGCGGAAAACUUACUACUGGAUGCUAACAUGAAUAUCAAGAUCGCGGAUUUCGGAUUCAGCAAUUACUACGCGACAGGCGAGCUCCUCGCGACGUGGUGUGGGUCGCCUCCCUACGCUGCUCCUGAAGUCUUCGAGGGCAAGAGAUAUACGGGCCCAGAAAUUGAUAUAUGGAGUCUCGGCGUGGUGUUAUACGUGCUCGUAUGUGGGGCACUGCCUUUCGACGGCUCCACACUUCAGUCAUUAAGGGACAGAGUGCUCUCCGGCAGAUUUAGGAUACCAUAUUUUAUGAGCGAAGAUUGCGAGUCUCUGAUCCGCAAAAUGCUUGUCUUGGAGCCGAUGAAGAGGUACACCAUAGAACAAAUCAAGAAGCAUCGGUGGAUGGCAGCAGAACCGUACGCAGUGCCAACGAUAUCAGCUGACCCUGCACGAAGUCCUGCGCACGCACCGUCCCACAAUGAACCAAACGAACAAGUGCUGAGGCUCAUGCAAAGUUUAGGAAUCGACCCAAUCAAAACUAAAGAGAGCCUCAGAUCCAACAGCUAUGAUCAUCAUGCGGCGAUAUACCUUCUUUUAUUAGAAAGGUUGCGUGCGAGGGCGGCCAGUGGAGCUAGUAUGUCUAACGUAGAAGCCCGUACCAGACCCUCACGACGACCAUCUUCUGUGGCUGAUCAAGCAUUAGCCAAAGAGGCUCAUGAGGCUAGACGGGAACAUCACACAAGGUUACUUCACGCUGGCGAUUCUCAGUCACGGGAGUACAACAGAGCCACUCCGACAAUAUCCAGUGCACCGGUGGACUCGUCGUCUGCCGAGACACAGAGAUUGUUGUCCCUAGCAGCCGUCAACAUGACCGAACAACGACUGCUCCAGCGAAAUUCCGAUCCCUCGGAUACGCAUCGGAGCUUUUUAGUCGGCAACCUUGAUGCUAUUUCCAGAAGCCAUGAGUCAGAAUCCACUAGACUACUUUCCAUGAGAAAUAUUGAUGUAUCUCAAUCAAACCAAAGGUUAGGUGCUAAAGUAAAUGAGCCCUCUUUACCAACACAUAGGCUCCUCACCUCAACUUAUGAACAGCAACAAAAUAUUUUGAAACAAUCCAGUGAAGACUGCCGACGGCUACUGCAGCAGUCAACGACUGUGGGGUCUGAAUCUAGUAAAAAUACCAUUGAUGGUACCAGACUGCUUACUUCUUCAAGUUUCGAUUCCAAGUGUGCUAUUGACGGUGGAAGAAGUUCCUCAACGACUGAUCACAACGCUAUAGCGAAUUUUUUACAAAAUUCUGCUUCGGCGACUAAUUUCAGUGUUGAUACUAUGAAAUUACCUAACUCAACAACAUUUACAAUGUGUUCUGAAGCAGCUAAACUUAUGAAUACUUUACAACAGUCACCAUUGCCUUUGAAGGGAACGGUCAACUUGAGCACAAGUCCUAUCCCAACACAGCUUGGAGAGUCUAAACUAAGUAGUGUAUUAGAACAACCAAAGCCACUUGAAUCCACAAGACUUGUAUCACAAGCACAACAACAAGAUCUCAAUCGUCUCCAAACUAGUACGCCACCUUUUAAGGAUUACAUGAAUCACCAUCUCCCAGCUUAUGCGUAUUUACAAAAUUCUGUCUUGCCACCGAUGUCUAGUGCUGCAGAUGCAAAUUUUUCUAUUACUUCUACAGCCACCGGUGAUUUAUUUCCGAGUGGACUGUAUAGACCAGAUAGCAAAUUUUCACUCAACAGAUAUACUACGGGUCAAACGUAUUCCCAAAAUCUUCAAGGCAGUAGCAAUACAACAGAGGCGACAAAAUUUCAACAACAGUAUUCUUCGUCGACCGACGAAGGUUGCGAAACCGAUAUGGAGGAUGUCGCGAACGCAUCAGGCGGAGUUCAAAACAGACUAAGUUCUUACGCUAGUUCAAGUUCCAGCAGUGGUGUUGUCACUUUUUUCAAUAACAAAAGUCUUAGUCAAAAUCUAAGUUGCGAUUCAUCACAAAGUAAUUUUUCUACAUUCGAAAGCCUAGACUAUCAACUGUCUGACUGUUCUAGUGAGUUAGCUAGUAGUCUUCCGAGUUGCACCUCUAAUGAAGAAAAAUUAGCCUACGAUAAUAAUUCACUCGUAAAUACAAGCCCAAUGCAUCCAUGCGUUUACAUAUCGUCUUACAACAAUAAAACUCCAGGCGUGGGAUUCAUCGCUAGACACAAUCCAUUGAAUUACCAGUCUGUCAAUAACAAGAAUUGUCCUCGGGCAAUCACGCGGAGUCCGGUUGAUUUUCGGGAAGGGCGACGCGCUAGUGACGGCCUUGUAGCACAACAAGCUGCACAGUCCAAUGAAUCACAAAAAAACAGUUUGGCUUUUAACAGCCAACGCUUAAAUGAGAAUUGUAAAGCGAAGGGGGUUUUGGAACUACAUCUAGUGCAAAAAGAGGCGCAGAAAUUAAAAACUCAGUAUCAAUCGACAAUACCUGCAGAAGAAAUGACACAGAGACAAAUUCAACAUAACCAGUUCGCAGCCAGUUUUAGUCCACAUUACUUGGAUACGAAAAAUCCCACUCCAAAACGUAUCAGUCUUCCCGAAACGUUUAACUACUCAAGUACGUCUCCACCGAUGCCUGCGAGUCCUAAACUAGUGUCACAACUGCAGGACCAGACCGAGCUGCAACAUGCAGCUUCUCAAGUCAAACCGCCGUUGCAGCAACAGCUCAUGCAACACAGACUGUUUCAACAAAAGCGACAGCUACUUCAGAAACAGAUGACUCCUCCAAAUGUCCCUACUCACGAAAUGGGUAUUCACACCCUGCAAGUGGGACUCAGUAGGCGACAAAUGUUACGGCAACAAAGUUACAAAAUAGCUCAGCAACAACAAAUCUUACCUCCCUUGCCACUCACCGAAACUGAAAACCGUGACUUGCUAGCUUUUCAAGCAAUAGUGGAAGGUCCAAACAGAACACCGAAGCAUAAGCCGGAAGAAGGCCAAGAUGAGGCGAAAUUCGCAUAUCAGGGCUCUAUGGAAAUAAGCAUAUUGAAUAAGGAGCGGUUGGGUAAUGAGAACUGGUCAAACUUGCCGUCGAGCCUGCAGAGUGCAUGUCAGAUCUCGGAGCUGGCGGGGCGGCGCGAGACGCGCGACCCCGAGCCCGAGGCGACGGCGCAUGCGUCGCACGACGCCCCGCUGUGGCCGGGCCACUGGAACACCGCGCUGUUCCAGCCGCAGCCCUGCUUCCAGUCUAAUUGGCAAGGUCACAGCCUACCACCUACAGCUGGUAUGCUACCUCUCAGCGAGAGCCCUAUUUUGGAGCUCACGGAACAAAUGGAGUCCAUAUAAUUAUUCUAAUAUUAAGGAUCGUUGAAAGUUGUUAAUAUUUACUAAAUAAAUGGUUGGAUUGUGUCGAAAAAGGGUCUUUAGUAAAUAAUUUGUGGAUCGUGUGCUUUUGUCGAGGAAAAUGAGCGGAAGAUUUUAUGUAUGCCUAUUUAAUUGGUACAAAAGUUGUUCAUGGUCUGCUUCUCUUAUUUGAAAAGGAUUCUAUAUUACCUAAAUUAAAUUAUUCAGGGCGUAACCAUGGCUUCUAUAAACCAUUUAUUCACAGUCCACCAGGUCAAAUCCCUCAUCAACGACACAAUACGGCCAUUAUCCGAUACGCUUGACAACACUACGAUUAUUUAGUUCUUUUAUAAUAUAAUGCGAUUGUUAUAGGUCGUUAAAAUACUUGUAACACCUAUAAAGUUUGUUAGUAUUAACUAUGCACUAUGUUAGUCAAUAUAUUCGUGGAGAUCCCAGUGGAUACUAAAUUAAUUUAGUGAUAAAUAAUGCGACAAUAUCCAUAGGUUAAGUUGUUACAUGGAUGCGUUUAAUUUUCUAAGCAACUUUGAAAAUAUCUUAUGAAUUUAUACUAAACUCUUCUUGAAUUCGUUACGAUUGCUUGGACAAUAAAAUUUAAAAAGCAUGUAGGUACCAACCUGUGCAAUCUAUUUUUCAAAUGAAUUUACUUUUAUAUCUCUUAGAUGUAUUUAUAUGCAUUCGAAUUUAAACGUGUUUUCUACGUUGGCCGUGUCCUUCUAAUGUUUCAUGAAACGGCUACUAAUUUGUAUUAUCAGCUUGUGAAGAUCCCAUAUAUGCAAAUAGAAGAGAUCUGUCGCCAGGUUUAAAUUUACUACACUUACUAUUAUGUAGAAUUGAGUCCACCCAUGUAGCUUGUGUCCUGUCCUUUUCUAUGGACUUAGGACCAUGUCCGAAGUUUACUGGUAGCUUUGAAACUUGCAUGUCUUCUAAAUCUUAGCGUAAGAAUAGUUGUGUACGUCGUAGAAGAUUAAACAGGUAACACUUUAUUUCAAUUGUAGAAGAACUGAUAUUACUAAAGCCUAAUGUAUAACUUGUAGGGUUUCCUAUCCUUAUUACUAAUUACUUAAUUACUAUUUCUACUUAAUAGAUGGCACCCAAAUAAAGGUUCGAUUUGAAUUUAGAGGGAAAUGGAUUGAGACAUGUAGCUGAAUAAAAAUAUCCAACUGAGCCAGUGAUUACAAAUAUUAGACUCUACUUGUAUUAUAGGAAAUACCUAAUAUGUUCGUAAUAUUCAAUUGUACUUUAUCGUGAUUUGUUUCAAACUGUAUUUCUUUUCCAACCGACGAUCUUGCGUUUAACAUCAAUAUUCCUUGUAAAUAAACUACCUCUAAUUAACUUCGAAUACAAGACUGAAUUCAGUGUCAAUUCAGAACGAUGUAUUGUCACAGAAUACCAUCCGAAAGUCGAAGAUUUUUUUUAGUUUUAAACAGGCAAUUAAAUUCGUAAGAUCACAGUUUUUUACUCGCGAAGCGUGUUUGUGACGAUUGAAGUUAGGACAUAUCACAGUUUUUUAGCAAGCGUCACGGCACUAUUAUUAAUAAUUAGCGUAGUUAAAUCAGGACUUAUUGGCUGUUUUACAUAUGUAGCCAAACAAUCAAACAUAACUGAUCUGAAAUAAUACAAUACAUUGAUUAUAUAUUACAAUUAGUAUGUAUAUGAAUAGGUGCAAGUAAUUUUGAAAGUCAUGAUAGGAUAGCAAGUUGUGGCUUUUAUAUCUAUCAUAACAUAAUCGAGUCUCAUAACACCUGCAUUGUAACGACGCAUUUUACAAUUGCUAUUAUUGUCCAUUUAUUAUCUACUGAGUAGAUAAAACAAACGAAUCGCCAUCAAAAUCCCAUUUAUGAUCAGUACCACACUGGUCAUUGUGAAGCUUUACCGAACCGUAACAAUAACUUACAUACGUAAGAAAUAUGUUAUUAUUACAAUGAAACUAGAUUUCAGUAAGUCAUUAAUAAUGUAGAAGAUUGUAGAAUAGGUGUUUGGAGGCUUUUACACAAUUAGAAUAUUGCCACUUGUAUCAUAUUCUGACAUUAUCGAGCAGACUUCAUGUUAUUCGCAAUUAAUACCUAAUUAAUCUUAGGUCUUUAGAUAAGUAGACAGUUUUAUAUAAAGGAGGAUGUAGAAGAUGCAGGUGACAGCAAUAUGUUUAAGUAUUGAAUGAGUAUUACCAAUUACGACAUGUUACGGCUUAACAGUUUCAUUGGAAGUUUUUUGUAGUGACGUUACCUAUAUACGAGUAUACAGUUUUUUCGUUGAUUGUACCUUUUGGGUUGUGAUAAAGUAUAUGGCUGAUUGUUAAUCAAUGUAUAGAGCAGUCAUCAUACACAUAAUACAAUACCUAAAUAAUAUAAGUGUGUUUUAUU